AAACCCUACUCUUGCUUGGUUCCCAAAGUGUCUGCUGAUUUCAUUUUGAGAGCGAAAAUGGAGGGUGGCGAGGAUGAUUCUCGGCAAGGAAGUACGUUAGUGAUUCAUCAAACCACCGAACAACUGAUCGCCAGAUGCAUAGCUCCUGUUAAGAAGGACUUCCUUCGUCCUCCUCCCGAUCGAACAACUACUUCCUCUGCUCCAAACGACAAACCCCCCGUUCUCGCCAAGGAGAAGAAAUCUAAACGCCAACUCAAACGUGAACGUCUUCAGGAUAAAAAAUCAACAAAAAACCUUUGUCCAAACCUUGCCAAGUCCGGUGAUGUUAAUUCCUGUCCUUAUCAAGUAAACUGUCGUUUCAGCCAUGAUAUUCAAGCAUUCAAGGAACAGAAAUUGGCUGAUUUGGAGGGUGAAUGCCCUUUUUUGAAAUCUGAAGGGGCUUGCCCUUAUGGGUUAUCGUGUAGAUUUUUAAAUACACAUCAAGAGGGUAAGCCUUUAUCUUCUAAUGGAUUGAAGGUAAGGUGUGAAGUUAAUGGUUUUAGCAAAGAUGUUCAAAAGCUUUUAUGGAAAAAUAAGAUGACUUUCCCCAAAACUGAUGCCAAACUCAAAAGUCUUGGUCUCUUGAAUAAGUCAAAAGGGAAUGCCGUCAAAAACAAAGAUGGUGGUGAUAAAUGUGUUCAGUCUGAUGACAAUGGUUCUUGUGCGGUUACAUCUGAGUUGGAAAACAAAGACGAUGGUGACAAACACCAUCAGUCUGAUGAUGACGGCUCUUGUGAGGUUCCUGCUGACUCAGAUUCUAAGUUAGAACGCUUUGUAGAAGUUAUAAAAGAUGAUGAUGGCAUUAAAAGAGAACUUGAACCUGAUAUACCUUGUCCCCAAAAGAAAAGAAAAACCGCAGAAAAUUGUGAAGAUGAGGAGACGGAAAAUGAAGUUGUGAGUGUCGAUGACCAAAUUGUGGACGGAUGCUGCAUAAGAUCUGAACCAGAGGCAGGAACUGAAGUUAUAACCCCAGAAACUGAUCUAAGCUUGAAGUCACACUCACGUGAAAAGAAGCUUAUUGAUUUCAGGGAGAAGUUGUAUCUUGCACCCUUGACCACUGUUGGAAAUCUCCCUUUCCGGAGAGUUUGCAAAGUAUUAGGAGCUGAUAUAACAUGUGGUGAAAUGGCAAUGUGCACAAAUCUUUUGGAGGGUCAAGCUUCAGAAUGGGCAUUGCUGAGACGCCAUUCAUCUGAAGAUUUAUUUGGUGUACAAAUCUGCGGGGCACAUCCAGAUACUGUAGGGCGAGCUGUUGAACUAAUAGAAAAGGAAUGUACAGUAGAUUUCAUUGAUAUAAACAUGGGUUGCCCUAUUGACAUUGUUGUGAAUAAGGGUGCGGGAUCAGCUCUUCUUACAAAACCAAUGCGCAUGCAAAAUGUUGUAGAAGUAGCUUCAGGCACAGUCGAUAUUCCAGUAACUAUAAAGGUACGGACAGCGUAUUUUGAAGGGAGGAAUCGUAUCGACUCUCUGAUAGCAAAUUUUAGCUCUUGGGGAGCUAGUGCAGUGACAAUACAUGGCAGGUCACGGCAACAACGCUAUAGCAAGCCUGCUGACUGGGAUUACGUAUAUCAGUGUACCAGGAAAGCUCCUAAUAAUUUGCAAGUAGUGGGGAAUGGAGAUGUUUUUUCAUUUGUAGACUGGAACAACCACAAAACUGAAUGCCCUGAACUUGCCACAUGCUUGAUUGCCCGUGGCGCACUUAUUAAACCCUGGAUAUUUACAGAGAUAAAGGAACAGCGACAUUGGGACAUCAGUUCUGGCGAGCGAUUAAAUAUUUUCAAAGAUUUUGUGCAUUUUGGUCUUCAACAUUGGGGUUCAGAUACAAAAGGGGUGGAGACUACCAGGCGGUUCUUGUUGGAAUGGCUUAGCUACACUUGUAGGUACAUACCUGUUGGUCUUUUGGAUGUGGUUCCACAACGAAUAAAUUGGCGUCCACCAUCUUACCACGGGCGGGAUGACCUUGAGACACUGAUGGCCUCUGACUCUGCAGCUGACUGGGUGCGAUUAUCAGAGAUGUUACUUGGGAAAGUUCCAGAUGGCUUUACUUUUGCACCAAAGCAUAAAUCAAAUGCUUACGAUAGAGCUGAAAAUGGUUAAUUCCGGAAUUUGUUCAGUGCUGAUUCUCAUGAAUAUUUUUCUUCUCAAUCAACUGCUAAUUCAUUGUCUUGCCUGCCUUGCCUGCCGCCCGGUUAGUUGGAAAAUGCUCAGGAGACAUCUGUAACUGUCUUGUCGCUUUGUUUCGUUAAUUGGAAGGGUUUUUCAUAGUUGACCUUGCCUUUUAAACCUUUCACUUGUCUACUUUAGGAAACAAAACAUUUAUUUAAUAAACAUCAACAUUUGAAAUGUAACCAAUAAUAAAUAUUUUUAGAGUCAUGCCGACUUUUGCAUUCUCUGGUCAA